UGCGACGUAUUUUAGUUUCUGUUCACGUUUUGAAGCGGCAAGUUUCGCGAGCGCAUCUAAUGGACGGGCUAUCCGUGACCUUUGGCGGUUCUCGCUUUUAUUAAGAACUAGCCAAACUUGCAAGUGUGGGAAAAGCUAAGCUAGCUGGAAACUCGCGUUAAAGCCUAAAGUGGCACAGCGGCAACGUGAUGGCUGCGGUACCGUCGCCAGCGUGCGCCCCGAGCGAGGCGGCAAAGCAUGUCACAACGAGAAGCAGUAGAACAGUUCGAGCGGCGGUACCAUUUUCACCUGACGUCAAAUUUACGCCGAGAAGGAAAAAGAAAAAGGUAGCCAACAAAGAACCCACCUGUUGCAAGAAGUGCGGAGUUACUAUGAGGGGUUCGACAAAGCAUCUUUGUGCUGUGUGCUGCGAGCCAUCCUUGAACGUUGGACGCGACGAAGCUCAAAGCAACCAGGAGUUUGAGGAGAACAAGAAGAAAUAUUUGGAUGAGGCAAAAGCCUUUGCAGCGAAUCUUGCCAAGGCUUUUGAUGAUGUAAACGCAGAGCGCCUUUUCUGUCCGGUCUUCAAACCUAAGGGACCUUGUGCUUGUAUCCAGGAGUAUCUGAGUGGUGAUGGCUCAGAACAGAGAGUCCGCAGUCUGCUACAGCUUCUUCAGGAAGCCAAGAAACUGUCACAGCAAAAGUGCUACAACUGGGAGGAAGUCAAGCGUGUUGGAAAAAGCCAUGCAGUUGGUAUGGGCAAUGGUCAAAAGCACAGCGAGUCCUUUGAGCUGUUUGUUAAUGAACAUCGGCCUCGUUUGCGAGAGAUGAAGCUGUGUGAACGAGCAACGCAGAAGGUGCUCCUCUAUUCCAACAACUUUCUUCACAGAAACCUCAAGACGGAACCUAAUAAAGGCCGAAGAAUUCAGCGGACCAAGGGAAAGGCGGCGCUCGGGAAGCUAAGGAGCCUGGACCAACUUGCCGAAGACAAGUGUUGCCAGCAGAGGUGUGCAGGACUUGCGCAGCGAUACACGACACUGGUCAGUCAGUGGCGGCAGCGGUCGCAGAUGGGCCAGAUCGAGAAUCGCCGCGUUCUCGCCGAGAUGCUCACUCCCAGUGGACCAAACUCGACAAACUGCUACAAGUUCAUCUCCUGGGUCACAGGUUGCAGCUUCACGACAAUAGCCAAAGUCAGCAAGCAGAUGUUGGCCACUGGAGGGGAUCGUGAGCCACCACCUCAUAAGCUAAAGAAGUUCUGGGACGCUAAAAACACCUCGCAAGAAGAGAGCGUACAGAACGAAACAUUAUGAAGCUCCAUAUUACUUCCCUCCUUUAUAUUUGUCUUCAUCUUGUCACAUAUCAUUUCACUCGCUAGAUCCUAUUGUCACGGAGUGAGAGUAGGCAGAAGGUAGAAAUAUAUUUACAUAUUGUACAUGGAGUACACAGUGUCCUUGAACCAAGAUGGUGGAGUGGCAACAUUAACACAAGCUUUUGUUAAAUUGUCAUCUUUGUCGCCUUUAUGGUCCAUUCCUUGAUGCUAAUGAUGGCUUGUAUUAUAUAGCCACCACCGGUGAAGGCGUCGUCUCGGCACUUAAGAAAGCGUGCGAUCCUGCGCAAAGAAGUAUGGCUUAAGGCGGGAGACGUCUACAAUAUCAGUGGACGGCAGAGACGAGGAUGGAGUGUCCAAGGGGGCGAUUUCAUAGUUGACCUCGGUCAGUUAGUGCAAGACAUUGUAAGGCCCGUUGUAGCGAGGUAAAAACUUCAAGGACAGACCAAAGUGACGGGAGGGAGUCCAGAGCAAGACCAACGAUCUUGGGGAGUAAGAGAGAGCUCUGUGACGGCUGUCGUAGCUAUUCUUUUGAGAGAGCUGCGAGGCAGAAAGGCGAUCCCGGGCAAUCUGGCGGGCCGCUCAUGCCCGAGUAGUUGCAUCGCGAGCGUACUCGGUAGGAGUGUCAGUAUGCGACGGCAGAAGAGUGUCAAAAGGCAAAGUGGGGUGACGGCAGUACAAGAGAUAAAAGGGAGAAAAGCCAGUGGUGUCCUGUCGUGACGAGUUGUAGGCAAACGUCACGUAAGGCAAAGUGGCAUCCCAGUCACGAUGAUCUGCGAAGACAUACGUAGAUAGUAUUGUCGUCAGUGUGCGGUUAAAGCGCUGCAUGUGACACACGAUAAGGACAUCGUCAGAUUGGACUGACGUCUCCACUGUUGAUCCUGUGUGUAACAACUGAUGCCUGACCUAAAGGGCUGUCACCAAUGUCAAAGAUGUCCCUGAAGGAUGCCAAGAUAUGCCAGAGAUCGGCUGCCUGUGCUGGAACGAGGUCUGGCGCGAUCAUCUUGUCAAAGUCGGCAUCAGUGGUGCUCUGGGAAGAGGAUGCAGUAGCGGAUAAAGGAGCGUCUGCAAUGAAUGCAGGAACAGAAUGUCCACUGAUGGAAGAGACGUUGGCUAGAGUCAUGCCAUCUGGAACAACUUGAGCGGUGUUAAAACCUUUUUAAGGCGGCAGCGAAACUCCGAGUUCAUAACUGCAAUGUGGGACCCUAUGUCUACAAGGGCAACAAGAAGUGCAUCAUUUACUUUAACGUCUGUGAGGUUGCGUCGUGUCGGCAUAGUCAGAGGAUUUGGCUGGCGAAUCGUCGAUGCAGCAUCACCUCUGGGAGAUGCAGCGUAUAGUUUUCCCGAGCCAGAUGUGCAGUCGGCGAAGGAGGAUGGCGAAAUUGGAGUGAGCGCGAUAGGCGAUGAGACAGCGCUGAGCGGGACUGGUGGCCGGGAGGGUAUGGUGACCGACAAUGCACCAUCGACGAACGGUCACCACUGGCUGGCCGAGGCGACUCGUGGCGAGUUCCGAAGUGGCCAUCAUCUGCCUCUGCACGACGGUCGUAGCCAUAGGAAGGCUGACGCCAAUACCACCUGCUAUUGCCAUAGCGGGCCAUGUGACCAAUACGGUGGCAGUUAAAGCAAAUGGGCCGGUCAUCAGCAGUCCUCCACUCAGUGGGAUUGCGAGAGCGCGCUGGGAGCCUUUGGUCUUGGGCAUAGGAAACUGGUGGACGACGGUCAGUCGGUCGGGAGGGGGCGGCGGUACACACAAAUUCCAGGCCAACGUUCGAAAGCUUUUGGCGAACGAUGGCAUGCACUAAAGGCACCAUUUGGGAGCUGGACUCACAGGCACGAGAGAAAGUUGAAGCAGGAGACAUAGCUUCAAGUUCUCGAUGAAUGAUCUUCGUGACGUGCUCUACAAUCAGCGGUGCCUGUGGUACAGGCAUGUCUUCGCACGACCAUGUUGCUGUGGUGUUGGAAAGUCGAGCGAACUGAUGGGAAACGCGUCGGCUUUUGGCGGCCUCAAAGCGCUGGCACUCUCGGAUAAUGGCAUCUACUGUGUCACAGUCCUUGCAAAUUAGCAAAUUCAAUGCAUCAUUGGCAAUGCCUUUUAAUAUGUGCGCUACCUUCUCGGACUCCUCCAUGCCGUCGUCUGCUUUGCGGCAAAGGGCAAGCACGUCCUGUAUGUAAGAUACGAUGACGUUUGAGUGCGAGAUGCCAGCUCCUUCUUGGCCGCUGUCUUCCAGCCAGUCGAUUUGCCGAACAGUGCACGCGUCUUUUCUUUGCACGCAUCUCAGCUGCCAAUUUCCGCUUCCUGGAUCUCAAACCACACUUUGACUGUCCCUUUCAGGUAAAAUAGGAUGUUUGCCAGCAUGAGCGUUUUAUCCCAGCGAUAAUUCCUGCUUGUUCGUUCGUACAGCGGCAAGCAUUCUUCAAAUUCGAUGUUGUCUGUCCCGCAGAACGUGCCAGGGUCUUUCAGCUGGAGCAGAACAGCUGUUGUCGUUGCGGUGGCCGCUGCGGGAGCUGGAGCCGGACCCCCUUGUGCCAUCGUAAAAAAAACCAAGCGUCGGCCGCUGUGUAGCUCCGUCUUGUUAUCCGGUACCACCACCAAAAUGUCACGGAGUGAGAGUAGACAGAGGGUAGAAAUAUAUUUACAGAUUGCACACGGAGCACACAGUGUCCUUGAACCAAGAUGGCGGAGUGGCAAAACACAAGCUUUUGUUCAAUCGUCAACUUCGUUGCCUUUGUGGUCCAUUCCUUGAUGCUAAUGAUGGCUUGUAUCACUAUCUUCAACACUCAUUCACUGUUUGAAAGUAAUCUAAUUCCAGAGGAGUCAUGACACGUCAUUGCAGUCAUUAUUGUAAAUGGGUGCAUUGUGUGAGGGCGAAACCAAAACUGCUGUGUGGUGUUAUCCGGUGCAAAGAAAGGGGUUGUUUACCUCCUUAUUAAAAAUUCACUCAGUAUGAUUUAUAUACUAAAGUGAAAUAUUUAUUAAAAAUAAAAAUAUAUAUGGUAUAUGUAUUUAGAGGCAAUGGCUAAAAGGGCACAGUAUCGGGGCACUCUGGUAUCAUAUGCUUAUUCAACCUUUCCUAUAUUUUCUCCGAUGCUUGUGGUCCCUUUGUGCUCUAUAAGCAUGACCAAUUAUAGUAGUUAGGUAUUAAAUAUUCAACCUGAGUGCUCCCCUAUUCACCAAGACGAGUGGUCUCAUUUGCUAGAUGUCAAACUAACUAGCCCUUACAUCCACAUUCCUAGAUAUGGAGUUUUUCAUCACGCUGUAUUUUCAUAGUCACCACACUGCGAAACCCCGUUGAAGUAAUAAUUCACUUGUAUUUGGCAUUUUUACAAAAGCUCACGCUGUGCUUCAUGUCAUGAAGUAAUGCUUCAUCAGCUCAGAAUUCGGUAUGCACUGCAUUUUUUAUGGUCACGUAAACGUCGAGGUGCCAUGCGUGGAUGCUUGUGGAGGAUCAAAAAUUGGUCGUGUUGGUAUGAGUUCUUGUUUUUCAUUUUCUUUUUCCCCAUUGAACACUGUAGUAUAUUCCAGUAAUGUAUAGAGAUGGGCGAAUUAGAAUCGAUGUAUGUUGUUAAAUAUCAGCCCAAACAAGACAGAACGCUAGAAUGGAAGAGUACAGCACUUCCAGUGCGUGUGUCCCGUUUUUCGCCAAUCUUAGCAUGUACCACUUUGUUGCUGGUUUCAUUUUUCCGAUCGGGAUUCCUGACCUCUGUUAGCGCUUGCCGUGUGCACUGUCUUCUUCUCUUCGCAGCUAGUCCUUUCUUUUUUUUUCCUGUAUGGGCUAAAAAAAUAUCGUCACUAUGCAUGUAUACCCCAUGCAAUACUGUCCCUGUACAACUCUUUUUGUGCUAUUUUCUUUACCUGUAUGUUUUUGUAUGCAUGUAAGCAUAUGCACUGGUACUGAUUAGAAGAAAGAAUAUUCAAAUAAUAUAUACAUGCAAUGAAAAUACAAAUGUGAUGCUUCCCUUAGACCAAAGAAGGGUUUUAUGCAAAUGACACAUUGGCAGAUUCUAAUCCCAAUAUGUCGUACAUGAGCCAUGUUAAAUUUAAAACAUAGUUUCUGCCAUUCUUAAUGCACAUGUAGUUGUGUGCAACUGGAGUGGUCACUUGGAAUGGGCAUCGGGCAGGCAGAUAUUUUCAAAACAAGUUGCUUUCAAAGUGUGAAAACUUUGGUCGGGGGAGGGGAAUAUGAAGCAGGACUAAAAGAUAGAAUCAGCUGUGCCUUAUACACGCAUGCAGUGUCCUGAAUAAUUCAUUCUAUAUGUUUUCCAGGAAGCGCCUAAAUCAUUUGCAACUUAAUUAAAUGUUAGAAUUGUUUCUGUUGUAGGCAUUUGAUGUUCUCGAUUCUCAUAAAGGUCUCUACCAGUGAAUUCAUGUUCUUGUGGUUCUUUUCACGCAUAGCAUAAUUGUGUAGUGGGGCUGUGAAAUAAUCGUAUAUGAGGUGCAAUAUCGCUUAAUAGAAAAAUAAAUCCUGUGCAAAUUGA